CAUCAUACAAAUGUGUUAAUAAUGUGAUUCAUUCAUUGUCCAUCCAAUAAUCCGUUCAGUACUGGAUACUCUUCAGCAUUCCAAGGGCAAUUUGUAUUUGGUAGGAAUGCUUCUCAGAACUAUCGGCAGGAAUUCCUCACUCUAAUUGUGCACGGUGUGCACCAUUUGGGAAAAGAAAACGAUUACAUCAAAUUAGAUAGGGCCAUGUUUCUUCAUCAUAACUAGAGCCAAAGCAUGGGGGUUGGGAAUUGAAGAGAAACGGGCGGAAAUGGUUCUCAUUCAAAAAAGCCUCCUUAUACACUUCGGUUUGUUCUGCCCCGCGUCCACCAAAUCGCACCGAAUAGGACAUUAGGACACAGGGCCAGCCGUGACACAGGAGGGCCGAGUUUAUUCUAGGAAUAACGACAGUAACACCAAACCCCGUUAGCCGCGCUACGCAGCAGAGAGCGCGCUGCAAAUGGCGGAGAGCGGCGGCAGUCCGUUCUGUUGUGUUGCGUUGCUAAACGGUUAUACGGUAAACUGAUUCCGUUUCGUUCACUCCAGUUGCGGCCAAAACGAGAGCCAACGCGCCGGUCAAGUACGGGGGAAAAAGUUUUACUACUGCCCACGAAGAAAGUAACGCAAGUGUGCAGCGCAGUGCAGCAGUGUUACCGGUGAAGAAGAAGAAGAAGAAGAAAAAACGUGCAAAAAUGUCAUUCUAGUGACUUAUAGUAAGCGCAAAACGAAAAAGUAAAAGCAUCAAUAUAUAGAGCAUCAUCAUCAUCAUCAGUUUGUGUUUGUGUGUCUGUGUUUGUGCCGAUGGAAGAUGGCGUUUAGCGUUCGGUUGUUAAAAUAUUAAACGUUUCACACAUGCGGAAAGUAGAGCUUCCAACAGUGAACAACACAUAGAAUCGUUGGACCAAAGUUGGUGAUAAAUCGAAGGGGAAACACAUAAGAUUGAUGUGAUUUGAACGUAAACGAGCUUAACAUUGAUUACGCCUGCAAACCAUUCGUAGACCCAAAAUGACCCAAGCGGAAGAGGUUCUCGAGGUGAAGAAUCUCUACCACAGUAACGUACCGGACGAUCAGCACUCGCCCAGCCACGGUGAGAAAGAACAUCAGCAACCGACCAACAACGAGCCGAACAAUCACAACCCAGUGCGAUCGGUGCCGGAUACGAUUGCGGUAACGAAUGGUGAUCAUAACGAUAAUGCUGCUGGCCAUGUUGCAACCGAUGGUGCCUCCUUCAUCCGCGACAGUGCUCCUCCAAGCGGUGACUGGACCAAACAGACACAGUGGCAUCCGCACGUGUACGCAAACCCACCGAAGCAACCACCAACACCGCACUCGAUAAUGGACAUUCUGGGAUGGAAAGGAACGGCCCGCCCGAAGUGUACUGCCGAGAGUGGUACUCCGCUCUCUGUGGCUGCACUAAAGGAAAAUCACACCAAACCUUACGGUAGUCUUUUCGAAUCGUCCACCAAGGAGAGUGAUGGUGGAGAUCAUGGCGUUUCUUCCUUCUAUUAUCGUCCGACAGACGUCGAGAAGCGGCAGGUGGUGGUAGAAGACGAGGAUAUUACCGUGGAUCGGGAUGAGGACAGUGAAGAUGAGGUAGUGGAAGAAAAAGGAAAACUCAAUGUCGAUCGUUCACGACCGAUGAGCCCCAAUGAUGAGCCGCUCAAUCUGUGCAUAUCAAAACCACCGGUAGAAUUCAAUGUUGUGCAGUGUGGAGUAGUAUCGACGGACGCAACGAUGGCUGUGGGUCGGAAAACGCCUAGCGUGGGUCGCAGUUCGUUGGAUCGUAUAAACGAACGAAAACUUACAUCAGAGGAAGAUUCCACACAAGAGUCAACACGGUCCUCCUCCGUACAUUAUCAUCAGCGACACACAGCCGCACUUUCUGCGUCCACCCAUCAGCAACGUCCACGAAGUGUAGCCCCACCACCAACGUUAGCCCACUCUAGCGAUGGUGACUCAGAUAUCUGCAUGUCGAAUGACGACUCCUCCACAACCGAUGGUCACUUUAGCGCCGUUAAUGAUGCCGUAGCGUCGGCCACCAUGACCAUGUCGACGCUUUUUUCGCUUCCCAAACCGUCGGGUGGAUCAACUGGACCGACGAACGGUGGUACCGGUGCGAUGCCGGGCGAGGAGGAAACGGCCAAUAUCACGGCCAGUCACCAUAGACGCAAGAAAAAGGCUCGCACCACUUUUACGGGUCGUCAAAUUUUUGAACUGGAGAAACAGUUCGAGGUUAAGAAGUAUUUGUCGUCGAACGAACGGACAGAGAUGGCGAAACUGUUGAACGUUACGGAAACACAGGUUAAAAUAUGGUUUCAAAACCGUCGUACCAAGUGGAAAAAGCAGGACAGUGCGGGUGGGGUUGGUGGUAGUACUGGGGACGUUCCGUCCGUCGGCGCCAUUUCCUCCACCUCCCAUGCGGUACACUCGCCAAAGGAUGUUGCCAAAGCCAGUGGACGAAUUGCAAACGUUGGAUCGAAAUCGGCCACCACGGAACAGCCAGCAAAAUCGGCCUGGAUGAACGAGCUAGUAAGUGUGCAGGAAUUAGAAUUACACCAGCAACCGGCACCGGCUGGGGGCCAGUCAGUAAAAUCUCGUGCGUACCCGAAAGCCGGUGGUGGUGGUGGUACCGCUGUAAAGAAAGGCUCAUCCGGGAGCGAACAAAGACGCGGUACGGGCAAACAGCACGAGCGACAUCUAGCGGUGGCGGCUAGUAGCACCGAUCGUCGUAGCAGCAGCAGCAACAGUAGCAGCAACAGCAGUAGCCGAAGCAAUAGCACCCCUGUUGAACACACCCACCAACAGAUGGCGCAAUCCGCAUGACGUCCAAAGCGUGGUAAGUUGUAAGUGCAAGCGAAAUGUGCUGAUGUGAAUGUUUCGCGCGUAAGUGUACGGUAUUUGCUGGUAAAAUGUUUCCCGUUAAGCACGGUACAGAAACAUCAAAAGAAAACAGGUUCUUAAAAUAGCUAUUGCACAUAAUUACAGGUGUUCGACAACACAUUCAAUAAGAAUACACUUAUGCCAAGUGAUCGUUCCAAGCAUCACGCAUUCUCGCUCCCAAAUCUCCCAGUCUCCCAUUAUUUGCGAAUGAUAUUAGUUUGUAAAAUGCUGUGCCAUUUGUGGGGGGGAUAAGAUAUGAAACGUCACCGCCCCCCCCACACACACACACACACGGAAGGGUUUAGUUUUUUUUUCUUCGUCAAAAAAGAAGAUGCUUAGGUAGUAGCGUGCGUGCUAGGUUUGUUGUGUGAGCGUUUAUUGAGACGAUGAAUUCGGGUAGUUAGAAGCAAAAGGAACCAGCAGGAAUGGACAUUUAGUUAUGAAACAUAAAAAUGAAUAAAGAAAGAAAAAAAACAAACCCACGCACCAACAUAUUUUUAGACCACAGUAGCAAAAAAAGGGUACGAAAUAAAGUAAAAGAGAUAACUUUUGUGAAGAGUGUCCAUUGUGAAUUUAACACACAAAAAAAAACAACGUUUUGU